AUGCGUUCCAGAAGUAACAGCACAGAAAGCCCAACCAGACCAAAGCUGAGCCAGCAACGACCAAAAGACCACCAUGAAGAAGAAGUUGGUUAUAGUGGGAAAGGAAACGUGCAAAGAAGGCUGGAGGAGGAUGCAGCCGAAGCUAGUACCAUCCUAAGAAGUCCUAAACCAGAGAAAAAACAAACAAGUUCUUUCAAGAAAAGAGAGGAUCUCUCUCGUGAUGACUUGCUGUUUCUUCUUAGUGUCCUUGAGGGUGAACUACAGGCUCAAGAUGAAGUUAUAGGAGUACUUAAGGCUGAAAAAAUUGACUUGGCUUUACUUGAAGCACAAUAUGGCUUCGUUACUCCCAAGAAGGUGUUAGAGGCUCUCCAGCGAGAUGCUAUUCAAACAAAGACUGAGCAAUGGCAAGAAGAUAUCUAUGAAAAGCCCAUGGGAGAGCUUGAUAAAGUUGUAGAGAAACAGAAAGAAACUCACAGACGAAUGCUGGAGCAACUUCUAAUGGUAGAAAAAUCACACAGACAGACACUGAACGAACUAGAGGAAGAGAAGAGGAAGCACAUCAAAUACAUGGAAAAAAGCGAUGAGUUUACAAACUUACUGGAGCAAGAACUUGAAAGAUUGAAAAAGCUUCUGGAACAAGAAACAGCAUAUCAGGCAAAAAAAGAGAAGGAAAGCAACAAGAAAAUAGCCAAACUGAAAGAAGAAUUGACUAAACUGAAAUCCUUUGCUUUAAUGGUGGUGGAUGAACAGCAAAGACUUACUGAGCAAUUGAAUCAACAAAGUCAAAAAAUUCAAGAAUUAAUCACCUCUGCAGAACAAGCACAUAAGAAGCUGGCUUUUGCUGAAGCAAAAAUUCAAGAAGAAGGACAGAGAGCUAGCAGGCUGGAGGCUGAACUUCAAGUUCAAAGUGCUAAGACUUGCCAAGACCAAGAAGCAAUGAUGGCCAAGCUAACUAAUGAAGACAGCCAGAAUCGUCAGCUUCGGUUAAAAUUAACUGCUCUCAGCCGACAAAUCGAUGAGCUGGAAGAGACCAACAGAUCUUUACGAAAAGCAGAGGAAGAACUGCAAGACCUAAGGGAUAAGAUAAAUAAGGGAGAAUGUGGGAACUCUGCACUUAUGACUGAAGUAGAAGAACUACGGAAACGACUGCUGGAGAUGGAAGGAAAAGAUGAGGAGCUUAUAAAAAUGGAGGAUCAGUGCCGAGAACUUAAUAGAAAGUUAGAAAAAGAAGUAUCACAGAGCAAGAACCUUAAAGGGGAAGUUGACAAACUCAACAAAAGAAUCAUGGAGCUGGAAAAAUUAGAAGAUGCUUUCAACAAGAGUAAACAGGAAUGUUACUCCUUAAAAUGCAACCUAGAAAGAGAAAAAAUAUUAACAAAGCAGUUGUCCCAUGAGCUGGAGGGCUUGAAAGCUAGAGUUGGUGAGCUUGAAGCAAUUGAAAGCAAGUUAGAAAAAACUGAGUUUACACUUAAAGAAGAUUUAACAAAACUGAAAAGUCUAACAGUGAUGCUUGUGGAUGAAAGAAAAACUAUGGGAGAAAAAAUAAAGCAAACAGAAGAAAAGCUGCAAGCUGCAACUUCUCAGCUUCAGGUGGAGCAAAAUAAAGUGAUGACCAUUACAGAAAAACUAAUUGAGGAAAGUAAGAAGGCACUGAAAUCAAAAUCUGAUGCAGAGGAAAAAGUAUCCUGUGUUACAAAAGAAAGAGAUGAACUGAAAAACAAACUCAAAGCAGAAGAGGAGAAAGGAAGUGAUCUUGUUUCCAAAGUGAAUAUUCUAAGAAAAAGACUUCAGUCACUGGAAGCUGUUGAAAAAGAGUUUCUUAAAAAUAAACUUAAAGACAGUACUAAAUCCAGCACCUCCUUGCAGCAGGAAAACAACAAAAUCAAAGAGCUGUCUCAAGAAGUUGAGAGGCUUAAGCAGAAACUGAAAGAAAUGAAGGCCAUAGAAGAUGAUCUUAUGAAAACCGAAGAUGAAUUUGAGUCUCUGGAACGAAGAUAUAUCAGUGAACGGGACAGAGCCAAGCUCCUAACAGAGGAGCUGGAGGCUGUGAAAAUGGAAGUGGCUAGGUAUAAGUUAACAGAAAAGGCAGAGUCCAAUCAAGAGCAGCGCCUUUUUAUGAAGCUCAGAGAAGAGGAAGCUAAAUCAAGUCAUCUUUCCAGAGAAGUAGAUGCACUGAAGGAGAAAAUUCACGAAUACAUGGCAACGGAAGACCUAAUAUGUCACCUCCGAGGUGAUCACACAGUCUUACAGAAGAAACUCCUCCAGCAGGAAAACAAGAACAGGGAGUUAGCAAGAGAAAUGGAAACUCUCACAAAAGAAUUGGACAGGUACAGACGCUUCAGCAAGAACGUUAGGCCUGGGCUCAAUGGAAGGAGAAUUUCUGACCUGCAAGUUUUUUCUAAAGAAGUCCAGACAGAUCCAGCAGACAAUGAACCACCCGAUUAUAAAACCCUCAUGCCUUUAGAGAGAACAAUCAUAAAUGGGCAGCUGUAUGAAGAUGGUGAUAACGAGAAUAAAGACAACAAUGAGGUGGAACAAACAGUGUCUUUCAAAAGCAAUUCAUCCAGUGCAAAUGCAGUGAACAAAAAAUUAUGGAUCCCUUGGAUGAAGUCCAAAGAGAGUCAACCUCAAAAUGGAAAGACACACACAAAGCAAAACGGAAAUUGUGCACAGACUGGAGACUUCGUGCUAAGCCAUACACCUGGCCAACCUCUUCACAUAAAAGUAACUCCAGACCAUGGACAGAACACAGCAACACUUGAAAUAACCAGUCCUACCACUGAAAGUCCUCACUCCUACACAAGCACAGCAGUCAUACCCAACUGUGGCACUCCAAAGCAAAGAAUAACCAUUAUUCAAAACGCCUCCUUGACGCCUGCAAAAUCAAAAGCAGCAGAGGGUUACACGAGCCCGGAGCAUGUCAUUUCUCCUAUUACUAUGGCUACUUUUUCAAGAUCUCAGACUCCUGAAUCAUGUGGUUCUUUAACUCCUGAAAGAACAAUGUCCCCUUUGGCUUUACCAGGCUCAAGUUCUCAGGAACAAACGCUCUCCCCAGAGCCUCUAGAGAUGGGAGCCAAGCACACUGUUUUUAGAGUAUCCCCAGACAGGCAGUCGUCGUGGCAGUUUCAGAGAUCUAACAGUACGGGAUCAAGUGUCAUAACUACUGAGGAUAACAAAAUCCACAUCCACUUAGGAAGUCCUUACGUCCAAGCUCUCGCCAAUUCCAAGCCCACCAGCCCUUGUAACCCAGUGCAAGACAACAGAACUCCAGCACUAGCUAAUGGCCUACCCAGUAAGCCCACCAAUAAAAUCACCAGCAGUAUUACUAUCACACCAACAGCCACUCCUCUCCCACGGCAAUCACAAAUUACAGUAAGUAAUGUCUAUAACUGACCCCCAUCCAUGCUGACAUCCUUACCAGCAACCCAUCCUGUUUUUUCAUCCCAGCAAGAAUUAUUUGGAGCAACCCCUUUACUUUGGGAGAGAUCUGUGCAUGAACUAUACAACAGUAUAUGGAACUAACCUUAAGGUUUGCCUGCUUAGUGUUAUCAAGUGUGCACUUACUGUAUAUCUUCUCACUGAAAUACAGUUAUGUAAAAUAUUUAGUCUUGCACUUGUAUAAAUGCAUCUUUUAUGUAUUUCCAUUUUCAAAAUAACUCACUUUUGACUGCAAUUUGCCUUGGUAAAUGACUUUAACA